AUGACUAACCUAAUAGGGGAGUUAGUUCAGGCAUCAGAGAAGUCUCUGGCGGUGAUGGGGGCCGCUUGCCGGCAUUUGUGGCUGACUCAAGCCAAGGUUGUAGAGACCGAGAAGAGGUUGCUGUGGAACUGGAGGAAUGGAUUCACAGUGAAUAAUGGAGGUCUCCGGAGCUACACAGAUGCUGCAGAUCAGCACUUCUUGGAGUCAAUAAAGAGAGGGCAAAUACAUUGGAGCAGUCGCUGGAACUGGACAAAGCAUUCACAGAUGAGGAUGGAGGUAAAGGUAGAGGACAGUAAGGAUGAAGUGUACAUGCCAACAUGAAGGGAGUUUAAUCCUUUGACAGGUUGAGGCUACAAACUGGGAAGGAGAGGACAUGGUUCAUGGUUCUUUAAGAUAUGUGGUGCAAUAGGCAGGCCCAUCGAGAGGACGGGGACAUUUCCUUGGGGGCCAAACGCCCCCAAGGGGGCCCUGGAUGCUGCUCCCGUAGUAAUAACUGAACCCCAGGGAGGUGAAGGGAUUGAAGAAGCUUUGUGCCCAGCUGUCAAGCUCAGUAACUCACAGCCCAUCGCAUGCAUUCAGAUCUGGCUUGUAGAUGGAAGGAGACUGGUGCAGAAAUGUAAUCUCUCUCACAGAUGGGGAUCCACACCCAGCACACCUUUCAUCCUCAAUGCCCGCCCCUUUCGAGAACUGAAGGAGGAGAAACUCAGCCUACAGGAGGGCAGCCUGCAGAACACAGAUAUUGUGCAGAGACCUGUGAAAACGGACCCACUGUGUUCCUAUGAAUGA